AAAGAAAGAAAGCCAAGUCCCCGCCGACGUCUCCUGCCCUGCCGUGGCAGCGGCCGCUCCGCAUUCUUGGCAUUCCUGGGCCGUGACUCCGAGGUCGGCGGCUGCUCCUCCAAGCAGCUCCGCGUUACGCGCCAGAGAAAGAGCGCCGUGCGCGCGCGCGCUUCCCGACCGCCACUCCGGCUCCUCCUCGCUUUAUAAUCCGGACUCCAAUCCCCUCCCUCACGUCCUUUCCCCACCCUCCUGGCUCCCUAGCCGCCCCCUGUCCCAGAGCCCGUCCUGCCCUCCUUCCCGAAUUUUAUGCCUCCUCUCUCAAACUUCUCCAAACUUUCCCCAGCGCCGCUGGGACGCACGAGUGUGUUUCUUAGCGAAGGGGGAGGAGAAGGCGGAGUCGGUUUUCCUUCUCUUUCUCUCCCUGUUUGCUACUCCCCAACAAAACUUCGCCACCAUCCAGAUUCUCCCUUUUCUCACAGCACCGCCCCCCCCGCGUCUCCAGUUAUUAUUAUUAGUAUUAUUGCAGCGAUCAACUUAAAACUUUCUUCCCCUUGCUGCGUGGAUAUUUUUUUUAUUUUUUGGUGAAGAAGGAAACUUUGCGCAUCCAUCACUGGAUCUUCCUCACGGAGUUUUGUAUGCGUGCGUGUGUGCUUUGCAUAAAAGCUUUACUUUUUCUCUUGGGGGCGGAGAAAGGAAGGGAUCCCAGCGGACGAGGCGCGUUGGGGAGAAGAAGCUGCUUUUGGGUGACCCAAGAAACAGCAGGGAUCUGCCUUUGGCAUGGGCAACCUUUCCCAAACCUGGAGGAGAAGAGCAGCCACUGCAGCAGCGAUAUUCAAGUCUCUCUUGCUAAGAAGAUCUAAAGCGUGAGAAGGCGAAGCCCCAGCAGCCAUGCCGUUUGGGUUGAAAUUGCGAAGGACCAGGCGCUACAAUGUCCGGAGCAAGAACUGCUUUAUGACUCGGAUCCGCUUGUUGGACAACAACGUAAUUGAGUGCACGCUCUCUGUGGAGAGCACCGGGCAGGAAUGUCUGGAGGCCGUGGCUCAGAGGCUGGAAUUGCGAGAGACACACUAUUUUGGCCUUUGGUUUCACAGCAAGAGCCAGCAAGUGCGAUGGGUGGAAUUGGAGAAACCGCUGAAAAAGCAGCUGGACAAGUUUGCCAGCGAGCCUUUGCUGUUCUUUGGGGUCAUGUUCUACGUGCCCAGCGUUGCCAGACUACAGCAAGAAGUCACAAGGUAUCAGUAUUACCUGCAGGUAAAAAAAGAUGUUCUUGAUGGACGAUUGCGAUCUUCACGGGAACAUGGGAUAAAGUUAGCUGCCUUGGCGGUUCAAGCUGAUUUUGGAGACUUCCAUCAAUUUGCAUCUCAUGAUUUUCUCCGGGAAUAUGUAUUGUUUCCUAUGGACUGGAUCCAAGACGAAGCAGCCCUGAAGGAGCUGACUGACAAAGUAGCCAAGGUGCACACAAAACACAGUGGCAUCUCUGCAGCGGAUGCAGAAUUCCUAUACAUCAGUGAAGUAGAACGACUAGAUGGGUUUGGGCAGGAAAGCUUCCCUGUGAAGGACAAUCAAGGAAAUGACAUGCACCUUGGAAUAUACUGCAUGGGGAUUUUUGUCAAGAACAGAAUGGGAAGGCCCACAGUAAUCUACAGGUGGAAUGAUAUCGGGAAUAUAACACACAACAAGUCUUCCAUUGCUGUGGAACUGCUCAACAAAGAAGAAACUGUGCUCUUUCAUACAGACGACCUUGAAAAUGCCAAGUAUAUUUCACGGCUGUUUGCUGCAAAGCACAAAUUUUACAAGCAAAACAACAUCUGCACAGAACAAUCAAAUUCCCCUCCUCCUAUUAGGCGGCGGCCCACCUGGAGUCGAUCAUCCUUGCCAAGGCAACACCCAUUUAUUAUGCCACCUAUGCACCUCCAGUGUGGAGAGCACUACACGGAAACUCACAAUUCACAAGACAGCAUUUUUCACGGAAACGAAGAUAUGUUUUACUGUAGAUCUCAGAGCAGCUUGGACAGGUGCGCGAUGGAUUUCAGCUACUUGAACGGCAACGUUCCCAACGGCAGCGUGUGCAGCGCCCAGAGCAUGAACUCUCUCAACCACUCGCAGAACUUCAUCCAGGCUUCUCCGGUGUCCUCCAACCUCAGCAUCCCUGGGAGUGACAUAAUGAGAGCGGACUACAUCCCCAGCCAUAGGCACAGCGCGAUCAUCGUGCCUUCCUAUAGGCCAACGCCAGACUACGAGACGGUCAUGAGGCAGAUGAAGAGGGGGGUUGUCCACCCGGACAGCCAGAGCCAGUCCUUGAGGAACCUCAACAUUGGGAACACCCAUGCGUACAACCAACCCAAAGACCUUGUGUACAGUCAACCGGAGAUCCGGGAGAGGCCUCCUUAUGCCAUUACAUACGGGCCUCAGGGCACUUACAAAAAACACGCCGCGCCAUCUGAGCAAGUGAACCCCAUCAACGCUGCGCAGACGAAAGCAGCGGCCAGUUCCAUUUCCCACACUGUUAGCACCCCGGAACUGGCCAACAUGCAAGUCCCCAACAACCAGAGGUGCGGUACGGCGCACAUAUUAAAGAACUACCUUUUCAGGCCCCCGCCGCCGUAUCCGCGCCCCCGUCCUGCCACCAGCACACCCGACCUCGCGAGUCACCGCCACAAGUAUGUCAGCGGCAGCAGCCCCGAUCUGGUCACUCGCAAGGUUCAGCUCCUGGUAAAGACUUUCCAAGAGGACAGCUCCCCGGUGGUUCAUCAAUCUCUCCAGGAAGUUAGUGAGCCCCUUAUGGCGGUCAAGCACCACGCAGCUGUCAACAAGCGCCACAGCUUGGAAGUGAUCAGCAACAUGGUGCGCGGCAUAGAGGCGAUGGCUUUGAAGAGCCUCAACGCCCCCCUGCCACGCAGGAACACGUUGCGCGAGCAGGUGCAGCAGGAGGAAGUGGUGCCCAGGGCUCACGAGGUCCAGCAGCUCCCUCACUACCACCACAAGAAGACCUUCUCGGACGCCACAAUGCUGAUACACAGCAGCGAAAGCGAAGAGGACGAAGAAGCUUCGGAAUCGGUGCCUUCCAUGGCGGCGCUCCAUGAAAACGUGGAGUACAGUGCUCAGCUGCAGGCUGCCUUGGCUAGGAUACCAAACAAACCUCCCCCUGAGUAUCCGGGCCCCAGGAAAAGCGUCAGCAACGGAGCCCUGAGGAAUGAGCAGGCGAACGUUUUGCUGGCCGCCUCUCGAGCCAGGGCUGUCAGGCCAGGUCCUGCGAAAGCCAUCAGCAUAUCUCGGACUGAUCAGGCCUCAGUCAAUGGGUCCUCGCUCGGCCCAUCCAUCUCCGAACCGGACCUCACAAGUGUAAAGGAAAGAGUCAAGAAAGAGCCAGUGAAGGAGAGGCCCGUGUCGGAAAUGUUUUCGAUUGAAGACAGUAUCAUAGAAAGAGAGAUGAGGUAUCUAGAGAAACAGAAGAUGGCAGGCCUGGAGGCCCAGAAGAGGCCCUUGAUGUUGGCAGCGCUCAAUGGUCUCUCAGUCGCUCGAGUUCCAGUGCCUGAGGACAGCCAGGAUGAAGCAGUCAAGGUGCCAAUGGAUGAGCGGUGCAAAAUCCUGAGGAGGAAACUAGAAGAGGGGAUGGUGUUCACUGAAUAUGAGCAGAUUCCAAAGAGGAAGGCAGACGGGGUCUUUACCACAGCGACGCUUCCGGAGAAUUCCGAGCGUAACCGUGUCCGAGAAGUUAUUCCGUAUGAGGAGAACCGCGUGGAGCUCGUCCCAACCAAAGAAAACAACACGGGCUACAUCAACGCCUCACACAUAAAGGUUACAGUGGGCGGAGAAGAAUGGCACUACAUAGCCACACAAGGACCUUUGCCACAAACAUGCCAUGAUUUCUGGCAAAUGGUGUGGGAAGAAGGGGUGAAUGUGAUAGCCAUGGUGACAGCAGAGGAGGAAAGAGGAAGAGCCAAGAGCCAUCGCUACUGGCCGAAACUCGGCUCCAAGCACAGCUCAGCCACUUACGGGAAGUUCAAGGUGACCACCAAAUUCCGCACCGAUUCGGGUUGCUAUGCCACGACGGGUCUCAAGGUCAAGCACCUUCUGCUGGGGCAGGAGAAGACGGUGUGGCAUUUGCAGUACACCGACUGGCCGGAUCACGGUUGCCCAGAAGAACAAGGCUUUCUCUCCUAUUUGGAAGAGAUCCAAUCUGUGCGACGCCACACCAACAGUGUCCUGGACAGCAGCAACAACUGCAACCCCCCAAUUGUAGUUCACUGCAGCGCCGGCGUGGGGAGGACGGGGGUCGUCAUUUUGACGGAGCUCAUGAUUGGCUGCUUGGAGCACAAUGAGAGAGUGGAUGUUCCAGUGAUGCUGCAACACCUGAGGGAGCAAAGGAUGUUCAUGAUCCAAACCAUCGCUCAGUAUAAAUUUGUCUAUCAAGUCCUCAUCCUCUUCCUGCAAAACUCUAGACUCAUUUAACAGCCUCAGAAGAGACCCAGCUGUUUCCCCAUACAUGCAGCCUUCUGGAUCUGGCUGAGAAUCCCUCCCUCCAUGUUGUUGUGGGGGGAGGGGCGUGUUCUUUUGGCAGUAUUUUGUGACGAAUACGCAAAAUUGACAGUAGGGAGACCUUGUUCUUCCUACAAAUUAUUUUAUACGAGAUAAUUUAUUAUUAUUAUUUUUCCUCGCAAUGAUGUGUGAAUGUUCUUAAUUUGUGAAACACGUUAUGACUUUGGAAUUAUGGAAACACAUUUCAUAUGGCUGACCUUCUUUUUACAACCUGACAGUUCCUAUCUGACAGCGUUCUCUCGACUUUUGCGUUUCUGUACGACCUGGUAUGCUGUUUUUAUUCUUCAAUUUGGAGGGAUGCAACCUAUUUUCAGGGCAUAGAAGAGGUGACUCAUAUUAAAAAAUAAUGGAAUUUG